AUGUCCAAGUCGUGCAAGGGGCUGCUCAAGGAGCUGGUGAAGUGCCUCAGAGAGAGCGAUUGCAUGAAAACGGAAGGCAAACCGAUCAGCGAGUGCGCCAAAGAGGUCCCCGAGUGCCAGGGCCUGCGAAACGCAUACUCCGCCUGCAAGCGCGGCCAGCUCGACGCGCGCAGCCGCCUGCGCGGAAACAAAGGCUACUGA